GGAGCCUCGCGCACACUCUCCCUUUCACGGCCACGGUCACCACACCUCCCUCGUCCCGGCGCUUGACACGACCUUCUGAGUGUUGUGAUUUGAUGAAUCUUUUUCGGAAACAUUUAUAUCGAGUGGUUCAGAGACCAACAAAAUAUUACCUUAUUUUGUUGAGAAACGUCUUCCUGAUAACGCACUGAAAAUAGUACUUUCGCAACUUGUCGUCGUGUGAAGUGUAUUUCCCUUACUCCCUUGAUCCCCAUUGAACCGUGACCCCAGGUGGCUCUAGAUGACCCGUGGCACCAGCUGAGUUUCUGCCAGGAUGGAGUGGUUGAAUGUCAUCCUCGUCGCUCUCGUCAUCAACUCCAUCAAGGGUGUGUUGUUCCAGUGUGGCGAGGAGAUCCUCGUCCAACGGGGAGAGAAGAAAGUCCUUCGCUUCUGGAGUCCUCAAGAUCAGUUUCUCAACGUCGACGUUGUCUCAAAACACCCAGAGGGAGGAGGAGGAGGAGGAAAAGAAGGAGAAGUAGGUGAUCAGGGUACAACAGGUGUUGGUCCGUCCCCUACCAAUACCUCCGCACAAAAACCUGACGAGGUCAUCGAUAAUAAUAUACAGACCAAAUUGGAGGUAGGCGCCCAGAGUGAUGUACCUGGUGAACAGGGCGAACUGUACUACGGGUUUGGAAGCAGAUUAACGACUAAACCCCUUGGCAAUGCCCCAGAUGCAGGAGGACUUCAGGUUACACAAGGUAGCACCAACCUCGACGAGGAAACGUAUGGCAUUUCAUCCCAGCAACAGGAAAGUGAGAGUGAAAAGAAACAUCAAAAUGAAGGCGUUGGUGUCCAUACUGUGUUCCUUGAGGACUCUAUAAUAUAUGACUAUAAAACACAGGAUGAUUACGAUGAUCACAACACACAGCAGCUUGACAUUUACACCAAUAUCCAGCAGGUUCAGGAUCCCGUUUUGAGUCCCGUUCAAUAUGAGACGGAGGCGACUCAAAACAUGACUGAAAAUCCGUAUUUGGGUCCGAAUGACUAUGAGGACGGCAUGACUGAGAAUCCCUAUUUGAUAACCACUGAUAAUGAGGAUGAAGAAGCCACCACCACGCUGGGACCUCGACGUAAACAAGAAGGACCCGGUCAUUCCUCUGGAGAUCCUCCCCUACUCGACGACACUUCAAGCAACAAUCACCUGACAACUACUGAGUAUGAGAACCAAGAAGCAGUGAGUUUUACAACACUACGGCCGAGGCAAGAUCAACGACCUCUAGCCUCAGGGGAGCCCACGACGACCCCAGGAAAAGAUGGAGUCGUGGAACAAAACACAGCAAGGGUUCCCACGGCCGGAGGAUCACCCGGGGAGCAGCAUUCACCCGACGGAGAAAAGUUCACUGAAGAUUCUGAAUCAACCACGACCACAUCUGCCGACGUCACGGCCCAGGACGCUACAGAUGCACCGUCACAACAGAAGCAACAAACUGCUGACAACACUACAAUUAAACACAAGAUGGGGAACCCGUCUGAGGAAGUUGUAACACCGCAGACUGACGACGACACAACGGUGUUGACAACAACAGAUAAACAGUCGACAGCUACAACCACUCAGCAGGGUGCAGCGGUUACAGACCCAACACCUGGUGACAAUCAAUCACUCGCCAGGGACGAUCUAGUAUACGCGCAGGAUGAGGGAACAGAUUCUACUGGAGCGUCUGUUGUGGUCGGGGAGUCAGGACCCACAACCACCACGCCACAGACCCACAGAGAUGCUGACACAGAAAUGGCACACACAACCACAGACAUACCACAGACAGACUUGGGUCAAUACGCAGAGGCAGUAGAAGCAGAAACAGACAGAACACAGAUAGACGCGGAUCAAUACACAGAAGCAGCAGAGGUAGCAUCCCUCACAGACCACAACACCACAGCAGCCGGUGACGAAGAUUAUGUUCUAGUCACGACAGAAAGUGGACGUGUCGUGACGGAAAGCCCACAGCCAGGAACAGCACAGCCAGACACGACAAAGGUGACCGCCUCGCUGACCCACAGGACGCCAGGGUUUGCCCAACACUCGGCUUCGGAUAAAUCAGCGACGGAGAGGCCGGAGGAGAGUACUGACCAGGAGUUUCUCGCUCUCACAGACCUUCCGACCACUGCCAGCCCUAUCCACACGAGGAAAGAACAGCACACAACGACGAAGCCUGAAGAUGAGGAGGAACCAAAAGAGACAGGAUCGCACACUACAGAAAGCGGUGCAGAAACCACAGAAAUCCCUGCAGACACCAUAGCAACUACCACAGCACCCAGCAGUAGUGCCAACGACGUGGCUGUUGGUGUAGCCCUGGACACAGCAACACUCGACCAGGAGAACAUCUGGGAUAAGUAUGAACUGGAUAUCUACGACUUCUUGAUUGAUAGCUUCGACUUAAGCAGCUACCUCCAACAGGUGGCAGCCAGGGACGACCUGGAGAUUGUUACUGAGGACGACCACAAGACCAUGACCACACCUCCUGUAGACGGAACCAGUGACCACAAGACCACGACCACACCUUAUGUAGACGGAACCAGCGACCACAAAACCACGACCACACCUGUAGACAAAACCAGCGACCACAAGACCACGACCACACCUGUAGACGGAACCAGCGACCACAAAACCACGACCACACCUGUAGACGAAACCAACGACCACAAGACCACGACCACACCUCCUGUAGACGGAACCAGCGACAGCAGUGUCUCUGAAACUAUACCUACCACAAACUACACUGGAGACCCCGGUGAGGUUCUCUCUGGUGAUAUAGUAAACCCUGGUGAUGUUUACACGACACACAGCCCACACCAGAGUGAGACGGAUGCGUCAGGUAACAGGGAAGCAACAACAGAGCAAAGUAUUAAUGAUAUAUACACUAUGGGACCAGAGCCACCAAAGACUACAGAAGUGUCGGUCUCAGGGUUCUUCAUCGAUGUAAGCCAAGGUGAGGACAGCACGAUUGAACCAACUAGAGGCGUGAGUGUUGGCGGGAUAGGUGAUCCUAGCAUCGGGGGAUCAGGUCAGGUCAGCGACAACAACAGUGCCUCCUCUGCCACCACCACAACCACCACCACAACCACCACGUCAAACGAAGCAGUUGAUUCCGGAGAUAUUUUUGACAGGAUCAUAGACCGUUUAACUGUAGCUCUCGAGAAAAUUCCUGAAAAUUAUCCAACCUCCAUGGAAGAAAACUUGGCCCUUGAUAUCAGCAGUCUAUUUGAGAUUAAGAAUAACACAAGUGAUGUGACACAAAGUAACACAACUUCAUGGUCACACCUCCCUGAUGUACCUCGCCAAGGUAAUAACACGAGCAACGACCAGGAUGAGACAACCACCGAGGUGUAUGUGUCUGACCUCACACUAGGGCUUAACACCUUUACCAUGGGCGGCUAUAUAGAUCUGAGUAUGGGAGAAAAGCUUGAAGACACAGCUAACACGACCCAGGGUCCAAGUGAGGCCUUGGCGGAGGCUUCGGCACAGACAUCAACGGAGACUCAAACAGGAAGUCCAUACUAUGAAGACUCGAUAAUAACAGACGAUGAAGAUUUUAAAGGUUAUGAUUAUUACGAGGACUUGGUUGACUCGCUCACUGCUAAAGACAGACCGUACGAGAAUAACAACAAUACUACGGUGGCAGAGGAGACAGGUGGGGUCGCUACACAUCCUACACAUCAACUUAACACAGCCGUCACCUUUUUAUACCCCGGGCUGGAAAUGACUUCAGAAGCUUACGUGACAACCGAGACCCCAGAGGCAAUACACGUGACAGCAUUGACCCCAGAGACAAUACACGUGACAACAGAGACCCCAGAGACAAUACACGUGACAACAGAGACCCCAGAGACAAUACACGUGACAACAUUGACCCCAGAGAUGGAACACGUGACAACAGAGACCCCAGAGACAAUACACGUGACAGCAUUGACCCCAGAGACAAUACACGUGACAACAGAGACCCCAGAGACGGAACACGUAACAACAUUGACCCCAGAGAUGGAACACGUGACAACAUUGACCCCAGAGACAAUACACGUGACAACAUUGACCCCAGAGACGGAACACGUGACAACAUUGACCCCAGAGAUGGAACACGUAACAAAAUUGACCCGGGAGACAGAACACGUGACAACAUUGACCCGAGAGAUAGAACACUUGACAACAUUGACCCCAGAGACAGAACACGUGACAACAUUGACCCCAGAGACGGAACACGUGACAACAUUGACCCCAGAGAUGGAACACGUAACAAAAUUGACCCGGGAGACAGAACACGUGACAACAUUGACCCGAGAGAAAGAACACUUGACAACAUUGACCCCAGAGACAGAACACGUGACAACAUUGACCCCAGAGACGGAACACGUCACGCCACACACACAAACAGGAAUAAAAAAUGAUGAAAUUUCCUCCCAGCCCGUCUCCGUAAUUAGAGAUAAUAAUAAGCCUAAUGAAGGUGACAUUAUGGCCACCACGGACGCUACCACCACGGACGCUGCCCCCACGGACGCUGCCACUACGGAUGCGGCCACCACGGACGCUGCCACCACGGACGCUACCACCACGGACGUUGCCACCACGGAUGCGGCCACCAUGGACACUACUAUAACGAACACUGCUUUCACGAACACUGCCAUCAAGGAAGCUGCCGUCAUGUAUGCUGCCACCAUGGACUUUACCACCACGAACGCUGCUACCACUAAUGCUGCCACCACGGACGCUGCCACCACGGACGCUGCCACCACGGACGCUGCCACCACGGACGCUGCCAUCACGAACGCUGCCACCACGGACGCUGCCACCACGGACGCUGCCACUACGGACGCUACCACUACGGACGUUGCCACCACGGAUGCGGCCACCAUGGACACUACUAUAACGAACACUGCUUUCACGAACACUGCCAUCAAGGAAGCUGCCGUCAUGUAUGCUGCCACCAUGGACUUUACCACCACGAACGCUGCUACCACUAAUGCUGCCAUCACGAACGCUGCCAUCACGGGCGCUGCCACUACGGGCGCUGCCACUACAGACGCUGCCAUCACGAACGCUGCCAUCACGGACGCUGCCAUCACGAACGCUGCCAUCACGGACGCUGCCAUCAUCACGAACGCUGCCACUACGGACGCUGCCACUUCAGACGCUGCCACUUCAGACGCUGCCAUCAGGUACGCUGCCAUCAAGGACAAUACAAUCACGGACGCUGCCACUACCGACGCUGUCACUACCGACGCUGCCACUACCGACGCUGUCACUACCGACGCUGCCACUACCGACGCUGUCACUACCGACGCUGCCACUACCGACGCUGUCAUCACGAACGCUGCCAUCACGGACGCUGCCAUCACGAACGCUGUCAUCACGAUAUCUACCACUACGGACGCUGCCACUACGGAAGCCGCCACUACGAACGUUGUCACUAUGGACACUACCACAAUGGACAUCAACUCUCUCAGUGAGGGACAGGAUGACGAGGCAACAAGUAUUCCUCAACCAGCAGCUGAAGACGCAAUAACCGGUAACUCACCCGCUGACAGUGACUCUACUACAGCCUUUUCCAUUCCUCUGGUGAUCCUUAGAAACCAGGAGAUGCUCAACAAUCUGCUAAACACCCAGGGCGUCAACAGUAACAGCAAGAUCAUCAUCAAGGAACAAGGUAGUAAGGUGGCAAUCAGCUCCCCAGCACACCACCUGGACCACACAAGUACCCUGGACGAUCAUACUACAGAGGCCCAGGACCUAGUUUAUGCACUUACGACAACACCUCUGUCAGUAGAUACAACAACUGUGUCACCAUCAGCUCCGGAUACACACACGGUGGGGUCAUCGCCGAGCGUCAAGACGGAAGGAGAUGAUGUCGUGAUCCACACUAACACGUCAAUUCCUCAUGAUGCUGGUGAGGUAGACGAGAAGGAAGAAACAGAUAGUGUGAUCCAGUCCUAUACGGAUAAUAGCACAGGGACUAAGCAAACAGUCGAUAAAACUCAGGACACAAGAGAGGGCGCGGGGACAGGUGAACAAGCCACACACGACCCCACCAACAGCAGCCUCAGUGGAUCAUCAUCUGAAUCCCUGUUGAACUCUCCGAGUCACGGAACAACUGAGGCGGCCAACUCUCACGAGGGCCAAGACGCGGCUCCAACACCAACACCCACCAACAACCACACACCAACUCCUCUGGCCGGCGACGACGACACCACCGACGGUUAUUACACGCCGGAUACCACGUCCUCAACUCUGAGCGGGGUUGACAUCAGAGGAACGACUGUAAGUAUAGAGGAACACAUUAAAGAGGUUACCACACCUUCUCCUGAAGUUGACAGGACCACAGAGGAGCCUGAAUUAGCCACUAUCCUCAUCCCAUUCUCCUUCGUCCAGUACCUCGGUCAGAUGUCCAAAGAGAAAAACACUACGAAGCAGAGUUCUACGUCAAGUGGCAACGACCGACCUAUUAUUGCUGGGGAAGGAAAUCCAGUGUUUGGUGGUGAUGGAGGUCCACUGAAUACUGGUGAAGGCAGACCCACAAACCCUGAAGACACGUCAGUGUAUGGUGGUGAAGACACACCAGUGUAUGGUGGUGAAGACACACCAGUGUAUGGUGGUGAAGACACACCAGUGUAUGGUGGUGAAGACACGUCAGUGUAUGGUGGUGAAGACACGUCAGUGUAUGGUGGUGAAGACACACCAGUGUAUGGUGGUGAAGACACGUCAGUGUAUGGUGGUGAAGACACACCAGUGUAUGGUGGUGAAGACACAGUGUAUGGUGGUGAAGACACACCAGUGUAUGGUGGUGAAGACACGUCAGUGUAUGGUGGUGAAGACACGUCAGUGUAUGGUGGUGAAGACACACCAGUGUAUGGUGGUGAAGACACACCAGUGUAUGGUGGUGAAGACACACCAGUGUAUGGUGGUGAAGACACACCAGUGUAUGGUGGUGAAGACACACCAGUGUAUGGUGGUGAAGACACACCAGUGUAUGGUGGUGAAGACACACCAGUGUAUGGUGGUGAAGACACGUCAGUGUAUGGUGGUGAAGACACACCAGUGUAUGGUGGUGAAGACACGUCAGUGUAUGGUGGUGAAGACACGUCAGUGUAUGGUGGUGAAGACACACCAGUGUAUGGUGGUGAAGACACGUCAGUGUAUGGUGGUGAAGACACAGUGUAUGGUGGUGAAGACACACCAGUGUAUGGUGGUGAAGACACGUCAGUGUAUGGUGGUGAAGACACACACACCAGUGUAUGGGUGAAGACACACCAGUGUAUGGUGGUGAAGACACUGUAUGGUGGUGAAGACACACCAGUGUAUGGUGGUGAAGACACACCAGUGUAUGGUGGUGAAGACACACCAGUGUAUGGUGAAGGAAGACCUGGGUAUGGUGAGGAUAGACCUGUGUAUGGUGGGUCGGGAGGUGGAGGCCUCAGUCGUAAGGACGACACGGGGAUCACCGAGUAUGGUGGAGAUUCUCCCUUCUUCAUCAAGCUGCCGGGAAGCCCUAACGCUGUACCGGUCUUCCUGCAGUAUGAACCAAUACAGAUAAAGUACGUCCCAUCAGACCACGCGGAGGACGACAAACCUGGUACCAAGACCUCAGAGGACGACAGUACCGAUACUGAAGGUCUCCGGGAGCAAGCCGAUGAAAGUGGGAGCAACAAACCUCCCCAGAUGACGAUGAGCACACCUGAGGAUGUGUCCUACGUGACAAACACCCCAGACACAGAGGUGCCCACGCUGGUGUCAGACUCUGAACACAUCAUGGCAAAGGAAGAACCCCAACAGACAACAGGUACCAACUCCUUCAUGAGCGGAGUCUACCGCAUACUGGACGACGUCGUCAGUGCCGUCAACAACCAAGUGGCGGGGCAGGAGGCGGCGAAGAAGCAACCGGAUGACAUUUUCACACCCCACAGACCUAUAAUAAAGACUCCGGACCCGUUCUUCUUAAUGGAAGCGCCUCAGCUUGGUACGCAUGAUAACCCCUCUUCAGAAGCACCGCGACACCCGUCCAGUGAUGAUCAGCAGAAUGACGGCGAUUAUACUGUAGACCUUUCUAGCAAACUGAGUUUCGAGGGCGGUAAACCUCAGCCACAGGCAGGCACGGUCGAGGAUGUUCCGCUGGGAAUGAAGCAGGAGAUUCUGUACCCUGGUGACUACUACAGCCACGACGUGUACGCAGGAGCAGACAUCGGGUCUCUACUCAACCCCGUGUUUGAGCUGAGCACUAAGACCACUACACUCUCACACGAGGAGCGCAUGAACCCCCAAUACACCCCCUUUCCUAUCACCGCCAACCCCCCACGACGCACCUCUGCCUCCACGCCCACAACCCCUCGUCCCACGUCCUCAUACACACCUGUUACAGAUGUUGUGAGCGACACAUCAUCCACAAACACCACCGACACGCCCAUGUUCAGAACACCUUCGACAACUACCACCCAAAAAAUUUUGCCCAGUAUCGAAUACUCGCCAAUACCUGCCACCAACUUCGAUGAUUCAUACGACUCUUCCUUCAUUCCUCAACAUUUGUUCAAUAAGGAAAACCAGGUCCUGACACCCUACCCGAACACUCCGAGCGGAUACCCGCUGGUGUUCCAUGGGCCACCGCACAAAGCGAAUGAAGGGGCCACCCAGGAGGACGACACCCGAAAAGUCUCUGCCGUGCCCUUUAUGAUCUCUGAUGUAGCAGUAGUGAGGAAGGCGUCAUCAACACCACCAGGCACAGCGGGAGUCACCACCACGCCUCCCACCACCACCCAGAAUGCUCCUCCCCCUUCAGAACACUUCAUGGCGCACCAACAGGUGUGGUCGUUCCCUCAGUCCCGGGAGGAGCCAGGGGAGGACCAUCAUCUUGCCAGGCCACCACCUAACCCCCGCCGCGUGUACUCCGCCUUCUACUCCCCCCUCGAGGUCCCCGGCCUCGACCCCUCCGUCUUCGGUUAUAGGAAGGUGCCGCAGGUGCAGAAUGAUAAGGGUGGUGGUAGUGGUGCUCCUGUGUACACCUACGACACCACGCCGCGGCAGGAGGAAUCUUCAGGAACGCGGGGAGGCGAGGAGUCCAGCCCACACGAUGACCAAGCACAACACGUCUUCCUUGGGCCUAAGUUCUUCCAGUACCUUAACAGCCUGCCAUACGCGCUCCUGCAUAAGUUCCUGGACCAGACGUCGACAGGAACGGAGGCGGAUCAAGAAAGGCUGAAGCGCUCUGCCCCUCGCCCAGGAAAACAAAUCUUCUGCGAGUGGGAUAUAAAGACUGAGCAAGGUCUCUACCUGCUGAUGACGUUCCACAACCUGUCGGCGUCCUAUAGCGUCGACUGUAACGGCGCCUACAUUGAGGUGGAGAGAGAGAACAACGGCUACGAUGCCAGAUGGUGUGGCAACAGGGUCUCCGAGCCUGUGCCGCGGCCGCACGUCAUCUUCGCCAAGACUGAGGUGCGCAUCACUGUGUACGACGACGGAGACGCCUCUAAGUCCCUCCCUACAGGCUUCGAAGCAGACAUUGAAGUGAUCGAUCUGUUCGACUCUCGGGACUACAAUUCCUUCAUGAGAUCCAACGCCUAUCCACAUAUCCGGCGCCUCCUGCUAGGGUAGUCCACCUCCCUCCUCCAGCCCACAGUAACUCGGUACAGUUACGGUGUUUCCGUGACUUCACGAAAAUAGGUGUUACGUCUGCCCAGCGUAAAUGAUGAUGCCAGGAAUACUGAUGUGGGGAGGUUGCGACUGUAGGUGUUUCUUCUGCCCAACUUACGGGAUGACGAUGGGACUACAUGCGCCUUCAUUUUCGUAAUACCUGACAGUCGAAAAUUCUAUAUUGUUUACUAAACGUCAUUCCAUCAGCGUAACAAGCACUGUGCAUCAAGGAAGUAUUCUUGAAGGACUUGUUAAAGAGAUACGACAAUAUGUGAAUAAGUUUGAAGUAAGGAAAAGAAAUUAAAUUUGACGGUGCUCCUUUAGAGACAGAACCAUUCACAUUCUUCUACAGAAACCUAGAGUAAUGAAAUAUGAGUAUCUUUAAAACAAUUUGUAGACAACCAGAUAGAUGUUUCGUGCCUUGCUGAUGAUGAAUGAAUACCAUAACAGAACAGCACAAAGGAUGAAUGAAUGACUACAAAUAUAGGGAGAAGUCUCUGCUCUUCACUCUGGCCAACCUCCAGUGUAGUUAGUAAAAGGCUUCCAAGAAUGAAAUAUAACCUGAAAACAACUAAUUAUACACCUAACCUUUUGAGAAGUACCAACAAAUUUAUCAACAAAUAUAAAUCUAAUAUCGUGGAUAAGUACGACACACCUUACUUCAGCUGCGAUUCUCAACGAGCUUACUAUAUUUUUUUCUCCGCUAAACGAAAAACUCGGAACUUAGCUAGUAAGUAUCGAAAUAUAACCGCAUAUUUCUUGUAGAAUAUAAUAAUUAUUACAUUUAAUGGGAAGUAUUAUUCUAUAAGAAUAUGAUUACUGUAUAAUUUAGCAGUUAUCGUACUUUCCUCUCAGGAGCGUUGAGAAAGGCGUUCUAAUUCACUUCUCAGGACAAGACAAGAUUUGACAAGACGAGGGGAUGACGUUGACACAAGUACUCCAAUUCUGUUUACAUUUUAUUCCGUUAUUUUCCCCCGAAUGAGGCAUUAAUUAAAUAGAUGGUAUACAGACAUAGGUAUAAUUUAUUACCUGAAGAUGAGUAACUUUUGGUGUCACUACAUAACGAGACUGUAGCCCCGCUUCUCCCGACCCACAUUACCACCUGUAGUGCUUCCCCCAUCACCACCUGUAGUGCUGCCCCCAUUACCAUUUAUAGUGCUGCCCCCAUUACCAUUUAUAGUGCUGCCCCCAUUACCUCCUGUAGUGCUGCCCCAUCACCACCUGUAGUGCUGCUCCCAUCACCACCUGUAGUGCUGCCCCAUCACCUCCUG